AUGGGAUGUACGGACGGUGACGGCUUGUGGACAGACGGCAGACUGGGCUCGGAGGCGAUUAACUUAAUGCUGCUGCAAGGCGAGGGCCGGGAGCGGCCAGGGCCCGCAAUGGACGAUGACUGCUCAGUGCGGCCCUGCGCCACUGAUUUCUCCAUCGCAGCAAUUAUGGCCAGAGACCGGCAGGAGAGGCGAGAACGGCGGAGACACAGAGACCCAAGAGAAGACACGCUUACACCAUUAGAAAAGUUUGUGGACGCAACAGCGUCAGCAUCUGGGUCGCCGUCACCGCCACUAGCAGAAUACGAACGAGACUCCCCCGUGGACGUAUCCUCAACUUCAGAGGCUGGUUCGGCCAGUGGAGCCCCCAGCGGCUCCCGCGCUCUAUCACCUUCACCUCGGAACCCACAACUGAUAGAGCGCUGGUCCAGCGAAGAAAUGAGGCACAUACAAUGCCACCUCGAAACCAAAGAACUAUGGGACAAAUUCAACGAACUGGGCACCGAGAUGAUCAUCACAAAAACCGGAAGGCGCAUGUUCCCGACGGUGCGCGUGUCGUUCGCGGGGUGCCGCGCGGAGGCGCGCUACGCGGUGCUGCUGGACGUGGUGCCGGUGGACGGCAAGCGCUACCGCUACGCCUACCACCGCUCCUCGUGGCUGGUGGCCGGCAAGGCCGACCCGCCCGCGCCCGCGCGCCUCUACCCGCACCCCGACUCGCCCUUCGCCGGCGACCAGCUGCGCAAGCAGGUCGUCUCCUUCGAGAAAGUCAAGCUCACCAACAAUGAGAUGGACAAGAACGGACAGUUGGUGUUGAAUUCAAUGCACAAGUAUCAACCGCGCAUACAUUUGGUACUGCGGCGAGAAGGUGCCAUCAACGCUCCGAUCACCGACCUCGAACAAGAAGAGUUCAAGACCUUCAUAUUCCCGGAGUGCGUCUUUACUGCCGUCACUGCAUAUCAGAACCAACUCAUCACAAAACUGAAAAUCGACAGUAAUCCAUUUGCAAAGGGAUUCCGGGACUCUUCACGUCUCACUGAAUUCGAGAGAGAAACAAUGGAGUCUAUGCUGGCGGAGCAACAUUACUUGCGCUCUCCGCUGCGGCCUUUUGACUUAGACCAGCACAACAAUAACUUGACGUUGGAGGAGAAAGCAAUUUUAGCUGCUCGUUCGCAGCUGUUCCUUCGCGCAGCGUAUCCGCUAUACGGAGUGCCAGCGGCGGCGCUUUGGGGCCAAUGGGCCUGUUUGGCGCCGCAGCUACUGGCUCAGCAACAUCUCGCGUCGGGUUCCGGACUGCAGCUACCGCGACCCGUAUACCCAGGUGGAGUUCCUGCGGGACUCUCGCAGCACCGCUUCUCGCCGUACCCACCGCGUCGCUCAUCACCCGGCUCGUCGCCGGACUCGCUUCGUGACGCUAGCCCGCACCCUCUGCCCCCGCACCCACCACACACCCCGCACCCACCACAUAGUCCAACUUAG